AUGAAUAUCUAUUUACAUUUAGAUUUAGCACAACUCAAUACUAACUCAACCCAACCCAACCUAACUCAAUACAAUCUAACCCAACUCAAUACUAACCCAAACAGAUCCCAAACAGAUCCUAAACAUACCACCAUGUCUACUUAUUUUAAAAUACACCCCCCUGCAAUGUGCCCCCAGAUUGCUAACAGCAAGAAGACUCUUAAAAAGCGAAGAAAGAAGGCACCAGUUCUCCACAUUGAUUUCAAAUCUAAUCUAGAUUUUGUCUCUCUUUUGAAUUUACAAGAUUUCAUAAACAAUACUUUAAAAUCAAAACACACCGCCCGACUAGCCAACUUAUCGCAAAUCAAAAACCCACAUUCAGUUAAUGUAUUUAUUAGUCAGUCAUCCCUACCCGAACUAGGUCCUACCCCCGCCUUUAUCUCUACCCUCAAAGAAAGACCGCCCCUUGAAGAACUUCCAUUCAUUCUCUCCACCCAACGACUCAAGACUCAACUCACCACUAUCCCCAACCUCCCAAUUCUCACACCCGACCAACUCCAGCCCUUUAUUCUCAAAGACCUAGAUGCCAUCUACUGUCCCUCCAUCGAGCCCCGCCUACAGCACAUGCUUUACCAAGAAAAGCUCGGCUUCUUCACCAAGUACGGCCAACUCCCCGACCUCCAAGCCAACCCCAUCUUCAACAUAACCCCCAAGCUAAUAAUCACCACCCCAACUACCACUUCACCCCAACCUACCACUCCAUCCCAACCUACUACUACCACUCCUCCCCAGCCCACUACUCCUACCAACACCACCACCACCCCCUACCAAACCAUUCAAGUCAAUGGCCAAACGUUCAUCCAGUAUACUAACCCAACUGCCUAUCCAAUUAUAGGCCUAGAUUGUGAAAUGAUCAUCACCGACCAAGGCAAAGAAGUAGGCGAUAUUGCCAUCGUUAAUGAACACCACCAAACCCUUUACCAUAAGAAAGUCAAACCCCAAGGACAAGUCCUUGACUACUUAACCAAGUACAGUGGCCUCCAAGCCUCCUCUUUUAUUAACCAAUGCCGGUGUUUCACUUGCCGCCCGCCUAAAUCCCGAGUUAAACGCCCUCGACCACCCCCCUGCACUAAAUCCGUCAUUACCUAUUCCGAACUUCUCCAAGACCUAAGCACUAUCAUAGGUACCACCACCAUCAUUAUCGGCCAUGCUCUUCUUCACGAUAUGACCGCCCUCAAAAUCUACCAUACCAAAUUCAUUGAUACGUCCUACUGCUACUUCAACAAGCACCACUACAAAAGCAAGCUCAAAGACAUCGCCAGCACCUAUCUCAGCCUCACUAUCCAAACCGAAGCACAUUCCCCCGCCACAGAUGCCGAUGUCUCCCUCCAAGCCCUCCAGUACCAACUUGCCCUUCUCCACCUACCAUCUACUACUACCACCCCAUCUACUACUACGACUACCAUCCCAUCUACUACUACUCAACCCAAUACUACUACUACCAUUCCAUCUACUACUACUACCACCCAACCUACCAAUACUACCAAUACAACUACUACUCAACUCAAUACUACCUACCAAGUCCUUACUCCAACUCCUCUCACUAUUCACUCCCACCACUCCUCCAGCCCCACCCUUACUCUACCCACCGGCCUUAACUUCAUCUUUGUCGCCCCCAAUGCCCCAUCCAUAACUCUUCCUCCCAACUCCCUAGCCAUCAACCUCUUUACUUCAGAUCACCCCAACCACUCAAACCACCCCGAUCACUCCAACCAACCCAACUACUACACCAUCCACAUGCACUUACCCCAACCAUAA